AUGAGGCUGAUACUGCUCACCUUAUUCUUGAUCGCCGCGGUCGAUGGAGGAAUUAUUGACAAAGUGAAAGGAGCGUUCUCUGGUGAAGGCGGUUUCGGACAGAAACUAAAGAAUGCAACUAUUGUUGGAUUCAAGAAGCUCUUCGAAAACACGGCACUGUUCAAAAUCCGCGACAAGAUCAGAAGUAUGAAGGACAAGGUUUUGAAGACAUUGGAGUUAACACCAAAAAUGAUGAAAUCACUCGAAGAAAGGCUGAAGAGAUUGCGACCCAUCAAGAAGGAUAAAGUCGCAGAGAAAGGAGACUCCAUCACUGAGGUCAACGAAUACAGUCAGGUUGGCAAGGAUCUCUACCAGAGCGACAUGGUGCUAACAGAGGAGCAAGCCGAGGAGAUUGUGCAAGAUAUAGAAGAUGAGGUUGCUGGCGAAAAUCGUGCAAAACGCCAGGCAUUCAAGGACCAUAGAUAUCCAAAUAUGUUAUGGUCACAAGGAGUGAACUACUACUUCCACAAGCUCGCUAGUAGAGAAAUGAGAAGUGCGUUCGAGAAAGGAGCGAAGCUAUGGGAGCAGGAUACUUGCAUUAAUUUCACACGGAACCCAUUUGGUGAGAAAACACUGAAAUUGAUUUUCCUUGCUCUGGAUCACAACACUCGGCCUUUCAACAACUCGGAAUCCACCAUAAGGAGAAUGAGGCUGAUAUUGCUCACCUUAUUCUUGAUUGCCGCUGUCGAUGGAGGCAUUGUAGACAAAGUAAAAGGAGUGUUCUCUGGCGAUGGUAGUUUUGGACAGAAACUGAAGAAUGCCACUAUUGUUGGAUUCAAGAAGCUCUUCGAAAACACGGCACUGUUCAAAAUCCGCGACAAGAUCAGAAGUAUGAAGGACAAGGUUUUGAAGACAUUGGAGUUAACACCAAAAAUGAUGAAAUCGCUCGAGGAAAGGUUGAAGAGAUUGCGACCCAUCAAGAAGGAUAAAGUCGCAGAGAAAGGAGACUCCAUCACUGAGGUCAACGAAUACAGUCAGCUAAAGAUCGAAUUAUGGUAUUCCCAGAGGAUGGGUGUUGGUCUUACGUCGCGGAAACUCAGCGCUGCAACAGAAACUGUCACUGGACGUGGUUGGCUGAAACCGGCAUCUAUCGCUGCGCACGAGCUCGGUCACGCUCUUGGAUUCUUCCACACAAUGUCUAGACAUGAUCGUGACGACUUCAUCACGGUAAACAAGCACAAUAUCAAGGUAGACUGGCUAAGUCAAUUCAAUAAAGAAACAACGAAAACAAACGACAAUUACAACAUGACAUACGAUUACGGCAGCAUUAUGCACUACGGCGGAACUAGGUCUGUUUGGAAAAAGAAUAAACCCAUCUUUUACUUCAUGACCAUGACGCUUCAAUGA